AUGCGGGUAUUUCAUAAUGUUUCUUUGCAAUUAAUAUUGCUUGCAUUUGCAAGUCUAGUUCAUUCAUUUCACUUCACGAACACGGCCUUUAAUCCCGUAUUAGGACAGCAAUUUACGAUCACUUGGGUUGAUUCAGCCGGCUCCGUUACUCUCCAUCUAGCACCCGUUCAAUAUUAUAAUGAAAAUAUUUCGCUAGCCGGUGCAGUAUCGAUAGGAGUUGCAACAUCGGGAAACUCAUUGACUUGGACUCCGGAUAAUUCACUUCGAGCUGGAGUUUAUAAGAUAUUUUGGGUUCCUUCAGAUAAUACUCAACCCGAAAUAGACAGUCCGACAUUCACACUCGGUCAAAUGCCUGCUGGCUCUUCUACCAAUACAAGUAGCGUAAUUAACAGUCAGGCUACUUCGACCGACACAAGUUCAAUCACUUCGCCCACUGAAAUAUCUAAUCCCACUGCAGCAAAUGGAGAAGCGGCCUCAGCUUCGACUCCGCCAGUGAGCACUCAACUCGCAUCCAAUUCCUCCGAUUCUCUCACAAACACAAUAAAAAUCAGCAUCUCCGUCAGCAUAAUCCUCGGCGUAACACUCAUUAUGGUCAUUGCCUUUAUACUCAUCCGACGUCGCCGCUAUCUAGCAUCCACGCCUCGAACAAAGAGACAGCUCACUACGAAAGAAAUCGCAGAUGAUAAUGAUUCUUGGGAUGAAGAACGUCAGUUUAAAGCCGAAGUACCUACUGAAUCGGAGGCUGCGACGAGAUCCUAUGUUGAUUUGGUGAAGAAGAAACAUGUCAGUGUUAAUGUAGAGCCAGUGGAGAUGGAUGCGUAUUCUGUUGACGAGAAUAUGACAGCUGCGAGGGGGCUGGAUGAGCGGAGGGAAAGACGAGAGACUAGAGAAAUGGAUAUGGGAUUGGGAUUAGGGUUAGGAGAUGUAGAAGAGCUGGUUGAACCUCGAGAGUUGGACGUGGGGAAUUCCGGGACGAUCUAUGGUGAAGGAAAAAUUGGCCAUCGGUUUAAUGUACGUGAUAAUGUUAAUAUUAUUGGAAUAUAA